GUCAUGCCGAGCCUGCCGUCCCUGCCGGCCCCGCUGCUGCUCCUCCUCGGGCUGCUGCUGCUCGGCCCCCGGUCGGCCCGCGGCGCCAGCCCUGAGCCCCCGCCGCUGCCCAUUCGUCCCGAGGAGGAGCCGCUGCCCAUUCCGGGAGCGACAGGCUGCGCCUUCGGCGAGAAAGUCUAUGCCUUGGACGAGACGUGGCACCCAGACCUGGGGGAACCCUUCGGGGUGAUGCGCUGCAUGCUGUGCGCCUGCGAGACGCCUCAGCGGGGUCCCCGCUCGAAGGGCCCGGGCAAGGUCAGCUGCAAGAACAUCAAACCCGAGUGCCCAGCCCCGUCCUGCGGAGACCCGCGCCAGCUGCCCGGACACUGCUGCCAGACUUGCCCCGAGGAGCGCAGCGUUCCCAAGACGCAGCCCACGGGCCUGGUCUCCGAGUAUCCGCGUGACCCAGAGCACCGCAGCUACAGAGACCGCGGGGAGUCGGGAGCUGAGGGCCGGGAGAGGGGAGAUGGCUACACGGACUUUGUGGCACUGCUGACAGGGCCGAGGUCGCAGGCCGUGGCACGGGCCCGAGUGAUACUGCUGCGCUCUAGCCUGCGCUUCUCCAUCUCCUACCGGCAGCUCGACCGUCGUCCAACCCGAAUCCGCUUCUCCAACUCCACUGGCGGCGUCCUGUUUGAACACCCUGCGACCCCUAAUCAAGAUGGCCUGGUCUGUGGGGUGUGGCGAGCAGUGCCUAGGUUGUCACUGCGGCUCCUUCGGACAGAGCAGCUCCAUGUGGGACUUGUAACAGCCGCUCAUCCUUCAGGGGAGGUCUGGGGGCCUCUCAUCCGGCACCGGGCCCUGGCUGCAGAGACAUUCAGUGCCAUCCUGACCCUGGAAGACAACCCACAGCAGGGCAUAGGGGGCAUCACCCUACUCACACUCAGUGACACAGAGGAUUCCUUGCAUUUUUUGCUGCUCUUCCGUGGGCUGCUGGAAUCCAGGAACGGGGGGCCAGCCCAGGUUCCCUUGCAGCUCCAGAUUCUACACCAGGGGCAGCUAUUACGAGAGCUCCAGGCCAAUGCCUCAGCCCAGGGGACAGGCUUCGCUGAGGUGCUGCCCAACCUGACAGCCCAGGAGAUGGACUGGCUAGUGCUGGGGGAACUGCAGAUAACUCUGGAGAGGGCAGGUAGACCAGGGCUGCGUAUCAGUGGACACAUUGCUGCCAGGCAGAGCUGCGAUGUCCUGCAAAGUGUCCUUUGUGGGGCAGAUGCCCUGAACCCAGUUCAGACGGGUGCAGCUGGCUCAGCCAGCCUCACACUGCUAGGAAACGGCUCCCUAAUCUGCAAGGUGCAAGUAGUAAGUACAGGCAGUGAGGUGGUGGCCAUGACACUGGAGACCAAACCUCAGCGGAGGGACCAGCGCACCGUCCUGUGCCACAUGGCUGGACUCCAGCCAGGAGAACACAUGGCCGUGGGUAUAUGCCUGGGGCUGGGUGCCCGAGGGGCUCAUAUGCUGCUGCAGAAUGAGCUGUUCCUGAAUGUGGCCACCAAGGACUUCCCAGAUGGAGAGUUGCGGGGGCAUGUGGCUGCCCUGCCUUACAAUGGGCACAGAGCCCGCCGUAACACACUGCCUGUGCCCCUGGCAGGCGCCCUGGUGUUGCCCCCUGUGCGGAGUCAGGCAGCAGGGCAUGCCUGGCUCUCCCUGGAUACCCACUGUCACCUGCAUUAUGAAGUGCUGCUGGCUGGGCUUGGUGGCUCAGAACAGGGCACUAUUACUGCCUACCUCCUCGGUCCCCCUGGAAUGCCAGGGCCCCGGCGGCUGCUGAAGGGAUUCUAUGGCCCGGAGGCCCAGGGCGUGGUGAAGGACCUGGAGCCUGAGCUGCUGCGGCACCUAGCGCAGGGCACUGCCUCCCUGCUGAUCGCCACCAAGGGGAACCCCCAAGGGGAGCUUCAAGGGAAGGUGCACAUUGCCAACCAAUGUGAGGCAGGCGGUCUGCGCCUGGCUGAGGAUGGGUUCCAGGAGGCUCAGAAGUCUGAGGCUUCUCAAGCAGUGGCAGCUACACUGCCCUCAUUGCCUACUGUGCUCAGCCCUGACACCCCAGCACCUGUCAAACCCAGUGGCCCCUGGAGAGCCCGAGACCCCAACACCUGCUUCUUUGAGGGGCAGCAGCGCCCCCAUGGGUCUCGCUGGGCACCUAACUAUGACCGGCUCUGCUCAAUCUGCACCUGCCAGAAACGCACUGUGAUUUGUGACCCUGUGGUGUGCCCGCCACCCAGUUGCCUGAGCCCGGUGCAAGUGCCGGACCAGUGCUGCCCUGUGUGCCCUGAGAAAGAAGAUGUCAGAGAGCUGCCAGGACUGCCAAGGAGCAGGGACCCUGGAGAGGGCUGCUAUUUUGAUGGUGACCGGAGCUGGCGGGCAGCGGGUACCCGGUGGCAUCCUGUCGUGCCCCCUUUUGGCUUAAUUAAGUGUGCUGUCUGCACCUGCAAGGGGGACACUGGAGAAGUGCACUGUGAGAAGGUGCAGUGUCCCCGGCUGGCCUGUGCCCAACCUGUCCGCGCCAACCCCACUGACUGCUGCAAACAGUGUCCAGUGGUGGCAGGGGCCUACCCUCAAUUGGGGGACGCCAUGCAGGCCGAUGGGCCCCGGGGCUGCCGUUUUGCAGGGCAGUGGUUUCCAGAGAGCCAGAGCUGGCACCCCUCAGUGCCCCCCUUUGGGGAGAUGAGCUGCAUCACCUGCAGAUGUGGGGGAGGGGUGCCCCACUGUGAGCGGGAUAACUGUUCGCUGCCAUUGUCCUGCGGCCCAGGGAAGGAGAGGCGCUGCUGCUCCCACUGCACACCCCGACAGUCAGCUGCAGAGAACAGGACAGUUCCAGAGCUGGAGAAAGAAGCCGAGGACUCCUAGGGAGCAGCUGGAAGGCAGCACGACCAAGAGGAUGGGGGAAGGAAUGCUGAAGACCCUGCGUUUUCCUGCAGGAAACUCAGUGCCUUUGGCUCUUCUUUUCUGCCUCUUCUCCCUCCCCCACUACCUCUGGGAACCACAA